AUGGCCGCAAGAAAGAAGAGUGCAAAGGAUGCCCCGUCAUUCCAGGCGAUUGUUCAGGCUGCUCGCGAAAGGCGUCGAAAACAAGAUUCAACGGACGAGUUCUUCAAUAAACGCGCCGCGCCCGGGGGUAUCAGGAAAGCAGAACCCACUCGAACAACGGUUACGGCUCGUCGUGCCACCCGAGAAGCUCGUUUACUGUCGUCCGCGUUGCCCGAGCCUGACUUGAACAUCAAGGGUCGGGCCAUGGGACCUACUGCUGUCCUUGGAAGUAACUUUGCGCCUGGAACAACCGCAGAAGAUAUUCAAUCGGCCUUUGAACCAGUGGGGGGAAGAAUGCUGAGAUGUCGUCUCGUUUCGACCUACCCCGCCGUGAUGGCCGAAAUGAUGUUUGCUGAUCGCCGUGGCGCGGAUGAUGUUGUCGCCAAGUUCAACAACCAGAAGGUGAACUGA